GUCAAGUUUAUUCUGAAUUUCUUAAUUUUUUGUUUUGAUUUAACUUUCUUGUAUUUCAGUGACUUUCAUUGUAAAUUUUUAUCUACGAUGGGAAAGCGUUCUGGAAUCACAAAAGGUGGGAGGAUGAUGAAUCCGGCUGAUAGAGAACGUAAACAGAUGCGUGCCAAAGAACUUAAACGAAACAAAAAGCAAAGAAAUGCUGUAAGGCAAGCAAUGGUUAAAAGUCGUGAUCCUGACGAAUUAAUUGAACAAAUGAGCCGUUUAGAUGAACAAGAAUUUGACCCACAACGUGUACUUUCCCUUAAUGUUAUUCAAGAAAAAAGAAAUAAACUUCGUGCAUCUUAUUUUCAAAUAAUUAAUUUAUGUCGUCAAGAGAAAGAAGAGAAGAAAGUGAAAAAUUUGGAGCGGAUGCUUUAUGAAUAUGAAGUUGAACGUGCUCGAAAAGAAGAAAAUUUUCGGGCAAUGCUUUUCUCGCAAAGUGAAAAUUUUGAAGAAAUUCCUCUUCCGACUGGUGCCAGUGCCCCUGAUGCAGCUAAUACACCUUAUUCUGUUAAUUCUAUACAUGGAAUUGGAUUUGGGCCUCAAAUGCCUCAAUCAGCGAUGAAAGUUGGAAUUUUGAAAAAGCCGGUUUCUAAUGCUGUUAAAAAGAAGCAUAAAUAUCCACCAGGACCUCCGCCUGGUUUGCCACCCCAUCUAUACGCUAGUGAGGAUGAGGAGGAAGAGGAAUAUGAUGAAGAAGAAGAGAGUUAUAGAGAAGAAGGAAGGAGGAGAAGAAGAGUCAGAUUUGGAAAUCGGCCACUUAAGGACGCUUUUGAUGAAGCUGCUGAACAUGUUGAUGGGGAUGAAAAUUAUGAAGAUGAAGAUUAUGCACCUGUUGAGAGUAUGUUUUUAUUUAUAAUAAAGAUGUCAUUAUACAUUAAGGGCGUAGCUGUUGUAUCUAUUUCAGGGGGCUAA